AUGAUAAAGAAAUUAAAGUUAACCCAAUUAAUCCAACCAACUACUUUGGUUGUCAAUUAUUUUACAGUUCAUCAACAACAAGAAGAUGAACAAGAACAAUUAGUUAUUCAAAAUGAUCAACAACAAGUAGUUGAUCAACAAAAUUUAGAUCAAAAUGAAGACCAACAAAAAGAAGUAGAUCAACAAAAUUUAGAAAAAAAUGAAGAUCAACAACAAGAAAAUCAAAAAAAAUUAGAAAAUAAUGAAGAGGAGCAAUUACACCUCUCAUUAACUCUUGAGAAUCAUCCUAUAGAUACUAGUACAUAUGAACAUGAAAAUACACAUGUACUUAUACACAUAUACAUAGAUACUCUCACAUAUACAUGCUCAUACUCAUACACAAAUACAUGCACAUGUACAUCCACAUACUCAUACUCAUACAUAUUCACAUACCCUUUGCACAUGACUUUGCUCCGGACAUACUAUAUUUUGGUAUGCAUACUCUACUUUAAAAAUUGA